CGACAACUCUUCCCCAGAGAGCAGCAAAGCAGCAAACCCGAGGGAAAAGGGCAUUCGGUGCCUGACGCUGUAGGACAAUGACGGGAAAGCACCGGCUUUAGGAAGAACCUCUCCUCUCACUGAUCCCGACUGUUCCUAGCAGGUUUUCCACCAAAGUUGUAAUUCACAAGAAUGUGGCUGAAUCUGAUGCUGUCCUGGAUCUUCUCACUUGGCAUCUCCAGGUCAGGAGCGAACAGCCUGAGGCCUGGCCCUGGCAGCAGAGUCCCUACUCCGCAGCCCAGCUGUGGCAUGCUAAGCCUGCACCCCACAGUGGCCUGCCUCGGCACCCCAUUGACGGCCUCCUGCACCCUUGACCCCAGCUGCCUGCAGAUCGGCCAUGCCCGCCCGGGCGAUAUUAUCUGGAGACUGAACGGAGAGACAAGGCAGCUGCCGCUGAACCAGAGCAUCGUGGGAAACGGCACAGUCACCGUGGUCUCCGUUCUCCGGGCAGAGCGGCCCCGUGGGGAGCUGAGCUGUUACCUGCCUCACCGGAGCAGUCUGCACCUGCUGGGUCUGGCCGAGUACCAGGCUGGAGUCCCGCCAGCAGAGCUGCAGGUGGAACAUUGCGUCAGCUUCUGGGGGGGGAACAUCACCUGCUACUGGGACCCUGGGCCGGAGACCUACCUUCCAACCACAUACACCCUCCACAUCACUGAAGAAGCAGGGCGCUGCCUGUGGAAGUUCAGAGACGCCGGGACGUGCGUCUCCAGCCGGGAGAGCCGUUCCUGCACCAUCCCUGUGGAGAACCUCUUUGCCUCUUUCCAAGUGAAGCUAACAGCCGUGAAUCUGCUGGGCCAGGCCAGCGCCGCGGACAAGUGCGUGCAUGGAAUGAGCAUUGUGAAGCUGAGCCCACCCGAGGUCAGCGCCACGGCGGACAGGAGCGACUGCUUCCGCGUGGUGUGGCGGCAGCCCAACGAGGAGCUGCUGCGCGUGACGGACGCGUGGUAUGAGAUCCGGUACCGCGACGUGGAUGGGGCGUCCUGGACGCAGGUGGAUGUCACAGCCGCAGAGGACGCGCCCGCGUCGAAGGACGUCUGUGGCGUCUCGCCGUUCACCAGCUACUCCAUCCAGGUGCGAGCGCUGUACCAGAGCGACGCCUUCCCCUGGAGCGACGGGGGCCCCUCCUGGAGCGCCUGGAGCCACGAGAGAUUUGUGAGGACUCUGCCCGCGGAAACCCUCUCUCAAUGA